AUGGCAAGAUCAAUCGAUAAAACUAUUCAACGUAAUUUUAUUCCUCCGAUUAAAAAUAAUUUAUCUGAACAACUAAACGUUUUUCAAACUUCAUCAAAAGAUAUCUCAACAGCAAUGAACAAAUCCAAUUCAUUAUUAACAACUGAAGAUCAAAAAAUGUUAACAGAAACAAUAACAACAAAUGAUACAUCUCAUUCAAUUAUUACAACUACAACAACAACUACUACGACCAAAACUACCAUAGCAAAGGCUACGAAUUCACUUGAAGCUGGAUGUUUAUGUCCAUUUUGUAAUGGAAUCUUUCAAAUGACUUGUCAUCGACCAAUUAGUGAAAUUUCAUGUGGUCAUAUUAUAUGUUAUCAAUGUUUCGUUCUAAAUACAAAUCAAUUUGGCUGUGUACAAUGUAAAAAACCUUCAGAAGAAAAUAAUAGUAAUAUGAAAUUAUCAUCUACUAUCAAUGUAUUAUCUGAUGAUAAAAAUGGCGUACAACAAGUAAUGCCUGAAACAAUUGAAAAUCAAAUUUUGAACGUUUUUCAUCAUGUUUUCAAACUUUCUGAUUUUCGACAUAAUCAAUGGGAAGCACUCAAUGCUGCUCUUCAUCAUCACGAUUGUUUUAUACUUAUGCCAACAGGUGGUGGUAAAUCUUUAUGUUAUCAAUUACCAGCUAUUAUCGAUAGUGGUGUUACAUUUGUCAUUGCACCAUUACGAUCACUUAUAUUUGAUCAAAAACAACGAUUAAAUCUAUUAAAUAUUCCAAGUGCAGCAUUAACAGGAAAUAUAUCUCCAGAAGAAGCGAAUGAAAUUUAUCGUGAUUUAUAUAAAGAUAUACCAGCAUAUAAAAUUGUCUUUAUUACACCAGAAAAAAUUUCUAUGAGUGAUCAAUUAAAUAAUGUUCUUCGUGAUUUAUAUAAUCGACAACUUCUAGCACGAUUUGUUAUUGAUGAAUGUCAUUGUGUUUCUGAAUGGGGUCAUGAUUUUCGUCGUGAUUAUUCACAACUCGGUCAAUUACGUCUGAAUUAUCCUGAAAUAAAUUUAACUUUAUUAACAGCAACGGCAACACCACGUGUACAACAAGAUAUUCUUCAACAAUUAAAUAUAAAUGGAAAUUAUAAAUUAUUUGUUCAAUCAUUUAAUCGAUCAAAUCUUAUUUAUGAAUGUAUACCAAAAGAAAAUACUGAUAUAGCACUUAGUCAAAUAGCUAAUUUAAUUAAAAUAAAUUAUCAAAAUCAAUGUGGUAUUAUUUAUUGUUUUUCACGUGCUGAAUGUGAUCGAACAGCUCAAUAUUUAUUAGCACAUAAUAUUCAUGCACUUUCUUAUCAUGCUGGUUUAAAUGAUGCAUUACGACAAACAAUACAUAUGAGAUGGAUUAACAAUGAAUGCCAAGUUAUUUGUGCUACAGUAGCAUUUGGCAUGGGUAUUGAUAAAAAUAAUGUUCGAUUUGUUAUUCAUUUUUCUAUACCACAAUCAAUCGAGGGUUAUUAUCAAGAAUCAGGUCGAGCUGGACGUGAUGGUGAAAUAGCUAAUUGUCAUCUUUUUUUUUGUUAUGAUGAUUAUAUUCGUAUGAAACGACUUAUAUUAAAUGAUGAUGAAUCAAAAUCAUCUAAACAAACCAAACAAGUUCGAAUAAAUAAUAUCAAUCGUGUUUAUGAUUAUUGUCUUAAUAAUGUAACAUGUCGACGAGCACAACUUUUAGAAUAUUUUGGUGAAAUAUUUUCAUCAUCAGAAUGUAAAGGUACAAUGUCAACUGAAUGCGAUAAUUGUCGACAAGAUUUUAGAACAUCAUCUCUUGAUUGUACACGAAUAUCAAUUGAAAUAUUAAAAUUACUUUCCGAUUUAAAUCAAACAAAUUCAACAUUAUCUUAUAUUAUUGAUAUUUUACGUGGAGUCAAUAAUAAAACUAUUCGAGAUGCUGGUCAUCAUCGAUUACGUGCAUUUAAUUUAUGUCAACAAUUAACUCGACUUGAUGUUGAACGACUUAUAUCUCGUCUUAUCACCGAUGGUUAUGUCAAACAAGAAUUUAUUGAACAACAAUCAUCGAUCACAGCUUAUUUACGUCCAGGUACUAAUGCUAUUCAAUUAACAUCAUUAUCAUCACAACGAUCAGGAAGUACGACAAAAAUUCAUAUAGAAUUAACAAUUCGAAUUGAACAAGUUAAUAAUGAUCAUGAUGAAGAAAUACAAAAUCCGAAACAAAAAUUAAUUGAACAAAUCAAUGAACAAUGUUUUAUUGAAUUAAAAAAAGAAUUAAAAUCGAUUUUUAGUACAUCAUCGUAUUCAAAUAUUAUUUCUGAACAAACAAUUAAAGCUUUAGUUAAAUUAAUGCCUCGAUCAAAAGAAAAAAUGAUUAAAGAUAUAUUUGAAAUAACUGAUGAAUUAUAUAAACAACAUGAUUUUAAUCGUUUAUUACGUAUUUUACAACGUUUUGGUAGUGAACGUGAUGAAAUCAAACGAAAAAAUGUAUCACAAAAUUCAUCAGAUAGUGAAAAUGAAAUAGAUUUUUCUGUUGAUUUUACUGAUCGAACAACACAUAAUAAAAAACGACCAACAGCAUCUAUUAUAACAACAACAAUUACUAAACGAAAACGAGCAAGUGGUGGUAGUAGUUUUUAA